CACGAAAUGGCUCAACCGAUCGACGCUACUCUCCCUAAAGCACAUAAGGGGGUGGAAACCCACCAACCGGGAACCUUAAAUAAAGACACCGAAGCUCUAGCCACCGACAGAGUGGAUUCGACAGCCCGGGGGUCCGCUGUUUCAACCUCCGACGGCUCCGUAACCGCAGAUGAGGGAAAGAAGGGGAAGGGCUCUACUGGCCAGGAGAGUGCCCUGGUAGAUGACGAUUCCGAGCAUGUCCGGCGUGCUAGUAUUGUGCGAGACUUGGCCCGUCAGUACACGAACCAAAGCCACUACUCCAUGGCCGAGGGGAACCCCUUCACGGCAGACAAGAACAGCCCGCUGAACCCGAAGAAUGAGCAUUUCAGGGCCAUCGCAUGGGCCAAGUCCAUCGUGCGUCUCCUUUCAGAUUCUGGACUGUCCGCUCGCAAGGCCGGUGUCUGCUAUCAAAACCUCAAUGUUUUUGGAUACGGGCAGCCCACCGACUACCAGAAGGAUGUCGCCAACGUUUGGCUGGAGAUAGCAGGGAUUCCCCGACAGCUUCUUGGAUACGGACACACGAGGAUCGAUAUUAUACGUGACUUUGACGGCCUUGUUCGAAAUGGAGAGAUGCUGGUGGUUCUGGGUCCGCCUGGAUCUGGCUGUUCCACUUUCCUCAAGACCAUUGCGGGAGAGACUAGCGGUAUCUAUGUCAACGACGAUGCUUACUUCAACUACCAAGGCAUAACGGCAGAAGAAAUGCAUUCGCAGCACAGGGGAGAGGCCAUCUACACAGCCGAAGUGGAUGUUCACUUCCCUCAGCUCACUGUCGGUGACACCCUCACCUUUGCUGCCAGCGCAAGGGCUCCCCGUGAUAUUCCAGGAGGUAUUGACAAGGCAACUUUUGUUGCACACCUUCGCGAUGUGGUUAUGGCCAUGUUUGGAAUCACUCAUACUAUCAACACCCGAGUAGGGAAUGAAUACGUGCGGGGAGUCUCCGGCGGCGAACGCAAGCGUGUCACCAUCGCGGAAGCCUCAUUGAGCGGUGCCCCGUUGCAGUGCUGGGAUAACAGCACGCGAGGCCUCGACUCCGCAAACGCAGUGGAGUUCUGCAAAACCCUUCGCCUUCAAACGGAACUGUUCGACACUUCUGCUUUCGUCUCCAUCUAUCAGGCCCCUCAGGCGGCAUAUGAUGUAUUCGACAAGGUCUUGGUUCUUUACGAAGGUCGUCAGAUUUUCUUUGGCCAGACAACGGCCGCGAAGAAAUAUUUCACCAAGCUUGGUUUCGACUGCCCUGACCGACAGACUACACCAGAUUUCCUCACCUCAAUGACGAGUCCACAGGAGAGAAUUGUUCGUCCAGGCUUCGAAGGACGUGCCCCUCGAACGCCGGAUGAGUUUGCCGCCAGAUGGAAGGCUUCCACUGCCUUUGCGGAACUCCAACGCGAGAUUGAAGAGUACAAGACAGAAAACCCGAUCAAUGGACCUGGCGCAGAGACUUUCAGGGCUAUCAAGCGAGCGACACAAGCUAAAGCCCAGCGCGCGAAGAGUCCGUAUACCAUGAGUUACUGGCAGCAGAUCAGGCUGUGCAUGUGGCGAGGAUUCAAACGGUUGGUGUCAGACCCUACCCUAACACUUUCCAUGCUAUUCGGCAACUUCGGCAUGGCUUUGAUCGUGGGAAGUGUGUUUUUCAAUCUCGCGCAGACGACAGGGAGUUUCUACCAGAGAGGUGCCUUGCUCUUCUUAGCUUGCUUGUCUAAUGCUUUCUCAAGCGCUCUUGAGAUUCUCACGCUCUAUGCCCAGCGCCCAAUCGUGGAAAAACACAACCGGUAUGCUCUAUAUCACCCAUCCGCCGAGGCCAUUGCUUCCAUGCUUUGCGACAUGCCCUACAAGAUUCUCAAUGCCUUUACCUAUAACCUCACCCUGUACUUCAUGACGAACUUGCGUCGCGAACCUGGAGCCUUCUUUUAUUUCCUCCUCCUCACAUUUAUCACAACGCUAUGCAUGUCGAUGAUUUUCCGAACGAUUGCUUCAGCUUCCAGGACCCUGUCACAAGCUAUGGUUCCUGCUUCGCUCCUCAUCCUGGCUUUGGUUAUAUUCACUGGCUUCGUUAUCCCCAUUGACUACAUGUUGGGAUGGUGCCGCUGGAUCAAUUAUGUCAACCCACUGGCUUAUGCGUUCGAGUCCCUUAUGGUCAACGAGUUUCACGGCAGGGAAUUCGAAUGCACGCAGUUCAUUCCAAGCCCGGCAAUCCCAGCAUAUGCCAACGUGGACUCCGUUAACCGUGUCUGCUCUAGUGUUGGUUCGGUUCAGGGCAACUUAAUGGUCAGCGGCGACGCAUACAUCAACUCAGCCUUCAAAUAUUAUCACGCACACAAGUGGCGCAAUGUCGGCAUUGUCAUCGCCUUCGUCCUUCUUUUCCUUUCGACUUACAUGGGAUUUGCGGAAAUCGUCAGCGCCAAGAAAUCUAAAGGAGAAGUGCUGGUCUUCCGCCGUGGACACAAAGCGGCUCAAGUCAAGAGCAAGUCUUCCACCGACGACAUCGAGUCGAAUGAAGCGGUUGCUGGGCGCCUGGCCGUAACCGAAAAGCCCGGCUCCUCUAGCAGCCAAAUUGCAAACAUUCAAAAGUCCACCAGUGUCUUUCAUUGGAACAACGUCUGCUACGAUGUCAAGAUUAAAACUGAGACGAGACGUAUUCUGGACAACGUUGCAGGUUGGGUCAAGCCCGGUACGAUGACGGCGUUGAUGGGAGUUUCUGGAGCAGGCAAAACGACUUUGCUAGACUGUCUGGCCGAUCGUACGAGCAUGGGGGUGAUCACAGGCGAGAUUCUUGUCGACGAUAAACUCCGAGAUGCUUCCUUCCAACGAAAGACUGGUUACGUUCAACAGCAAGAUUUGCACUUGUCCACAACUACGGUUCGGGAGGCACUCAACUUUUCAGCCGUCAUGCGCCAGCCAGGAAAUAUCCCCCACAAAGAAAAGAUAGCGUAUGUCGACGAAGUCAUCAAGAUGCUCGAUAUGCAGGACUAUUCGGAAGCAGUCAUUGGCAUCCUCGGCGAAGGUCUCAACGUUGAACAGCGCAAACGCCUAACCAUAGGUGUCGAACUGGCCGCAAAGCCCCCAGUUCUGCUGUUUGUCGAUGAACCUACAUCGGGGUUGGACUCGCAAACCUCCUGGGCAAUCUUGGACCUGCUUGAAAAACUGGCCCGCAAUGGCCAAGCUAUCCUGUGUACAAUCCAUCAACCUUCAGCUAUUCUAUUCCAGCGGUUUGAUCGCCUGUUGUUCCUCGCAAGUGGCGGCAAGACGGUCUAUUUUGGCGAUAUCGGCGACAAUUCAAAAUGCAUGACCGACUACUUCGAAAACAACGGCGCUCAUCCUUGUCCACCAGGUGCUAAUCCCGCAGAGUGGAUGCUCGAAGUCAUUGGAGCCGCACCUGGAUCUUCAACAGACGAGGACUGGCCGCAAAUUUGGCGUGACUCGCCCGAGUCAGCCCAAACCCAGGCGGAACUGCAACGUCUUACGGAUCAGCCAGAAGACCCAAGUGCUCCUGAAGACGAUCCGAACUCUUUCGAUGAGUUUGCGGCGCCUUUUUUUGUGCAGCUUUCCAAUGUUACCCGUCGUGUUUUCGAACAGUACUGGCGCACGCCGUCGUACAUCUAUUCCAAGGCUACCUUGUGUACCCUCAUCGGUUUAUUCGUCGGCUUCGUUUUCUACCAGGCCCCGAACACAAUCCAAGGGCUCCAAAAUCAAAUGUUUGCCAUCUUCCAAGUCCUUACAGUCUUUGGUCAAAUGGUGCAGCAAACUAUGCCGCACUUUGUCAUCCAGCGAGAUCUGUACGAGGUACGCGAGCGCCCAUCAAAGACAUACAGCUGGAAGGUCUUCAUUCUGAGCCAGAUCAUCGUGGAAUUGCCUUGGAAUACUCUGAUGGCUGCUUCUAUAUACUUCUGCUGGUACUAUCCAAUUGGGUUGUAUCGCAAUGCUGAGGCAACGGACGCGGUUGCGGAACGAGGACUACUCAUGUUCCUCCUCAUCCUGACAUUCAUGCUGUUUACCUGCACCUUUACCGAUUUCAUCAUUGCGGGCUGCGAAUCGGCCGACAACGGCGGCAACAUUGCGAAUCUGUUGUUCAUGAUGUGUCUUAUCUUCUGUGGCGUGCUUGCCACACCCUCAAGCAUGCCGAGAUUUUGGAUCUUCAUGUACCGCGUGAGCCCGUUUUCAUACCUGGUCUCUGCGAUGCUCUCUACGGCAAUAGCGAAUACAAACGUCGUUUGUGCCGCAAACGAGUUCAUCCGCUUCCCCCCGCCAUCCGGACAGACCUGCAAAGACUACAUGGAGCUUUACAUCGAGGCUGCUGGUGGCUAUUUGACCGAUCCUGACAACAACAGCACCUGCACAUUUUGCUCGAUUGGAGACACCAAUGCUUACCUUGCUGGUCUUCAAUCCAACUAUGGUGAUAGAUGGAGGAACUUUGGAAUAAUGUGGGUGUACAUUAUCUUCAACGUUUUUGGGGCUUUGGGGCUGUACUGGCUGGUUAGGGUUCCAAAGAAGGGCAAGGCGAAGACGAAGAAGGAGUAGGAAUCACUGGGGUAAGAGAGGUGUCAUAGUUUCUUUGUCAUAUGUGUGACUUGAUAUUGUUGGACGUUCUAUUUAGGGCCUAGCUAAUAAAUUUCCUUCGUCAUUAAACCAAGAGCUUAGUGGUGCCUUUGCAGCUUCUUGGCAACAUUGUUGCCCAGAAACUUUUCCAUAUUCGGUACAAAAAAUGCCAUUAAAAACAGAAUGACAGAGAAUGGGAUAGUGGUGUAGAAAACAAUCUUGUAAGAUCCGAUGUAGGCGUCUUUCAUAGCCG